AUGUUCUCUUUUCCAACUGGUUCUCUUCAUGCGUAUUUGCUUCUGCUUCGAGAGCUGAAGCUCUAUAACGCUCCCUUCCACGACUUACUGCCCCAAUUAAAACUUUCCAACCCACACUUAUACUACCUUUACCUUUCUCACUUUCAGAAUGCGACAAGUCCUUCCAACUUGAUGAUGCCUCUUGAGAAGCCUUCUUCCGACUUCCUCGAAGUAACCAGAAGCAUUCCACAUCUUGCUUGGUCUCUUCCAAGGAGAGCACCUCCACUCGUCCAUGAACACAUGGAAAACAGUCAACUGAAAUCAGAGGGAGGAAGUGUGAGCGAGACAAAGAAUGAAGAGGCAAUUCCUUCAAUGGCAGAGAUACUCUCACAACCCCCUCCACCACCAACAAAGUCCGACUCCCUGCCUACCAUUUCUGUGACGAGAAGAGGACCAAGGAGGAUGUGUGAUUUUCCUUGGUUGAACGAGGAAGUAAUUAACUCGGAGAGUGAAUACGUUCUUGCUGACGAAGUAACUACACGUGGAACGAUGUCCGAAGAAAGUGGUGAUGAGUGGGUAGCAGAAGAAGAAGAAGAAGAAGAAGGAGCAGGAGAGGAGGUGGAGGAGAAGGUGGAAGAGAUCGAGUCUAGAGGCAGAGACCUGAGAGGAACAUUUGAAAUCAAAAGGAUGAGUGUUGAUAGAUUGGAAUAUGGAAUGCAACCGGAGAAGCCGGAUUCUAUUGAAUCGGCACUGUCUCCUUUCCUUCUGAAUUGUUCGUGUGAGUCAGUGGAAGAGGAUGAGCCCACCUCCAAUUCUCCACAUCUCUCCAUUGUGGAUUCCGAAGGUACGAUGGUUUGCUUUGUGUUUAAUUGUUUAAGAAUGAGUGAUAGAUCGGAAACGCUGUAUGAGAUUUCUUAUGAAUGGCUUUUUCGUUUUCCUCAAUUAGAUGCUGUUUGUGCCACUUCAUCGCCCUCUGCACGUCGUCGGUUAUUCAAGAGACUGUGUACUCGCCUUCGUCGUCUUUUCCUGUGCUGGAGAACAACCGAGGAUGACUAG